AUGGAAGUUUUUAUUCAUCCUCAAGCACUUCUUCAAAUUGCUGAUCACACAACACGCUCCAAAUACUUUUCAGAAAAUAUAAAGUACAUUUGUGGCGUAAUUUAUGGAAGACAAGAAGGAUCUGAUUUAGAAUUAACAUCCACUAUCGAAAUCAACUUUAUUGAAGAAGGAUAUGAAAUUAAAGUCAAUCCAAAAACAUAUGAGCCAUUAAAUAAUCAUCAUUUAAAGUUAUAUCCAGAAGAAAUUCCAUUGGCUUGGUAUUCAUGCCAAGAUUUACCAGAAAGCGAGAUUUCUAAAAUUAACAAUGCAUUUGCCGAAAUAUUUAAAGUUUAUCUUCGCAUUCAUUUUAAGAAUGAAGAAAAUCCAAUUGAUGUGUUCCUUCUUUCUGAAAAUGAAACAUGGAUACCAACAUCAUACUCAUACAAAACAGAAGCACCUGAAAGAAUCGCACUUAUUCACUUACAAUCUGAUGGAAAAGCAGAAAAUAGAAUUGAAUUCACUAAAACUGCUUUCAGGGUUCUUGAUUCCCACAUUGACAAGAUUCUUUCAUAUCUUGAAAAUGUAAAAUCUGGCAAUAAACCUUUCAAUUGCGAAUUAGUACGAAAAUGCGCAACAAUCGCUAAAUGGUGGAAGCAUAGCCAUAUGAAGAAACAACCAACUAGACUUGUCACAGCUGGUGAGCUUUCUUACAUCACAGGAAUCCUUGCUGAAACUUAUAUCGAACUCGAGUCUAAAUACAAGAAGAAUACGCAUUAA